AUGUCCUCAGCGUCUUCGUCCUCGUCCGAACGAUCCUCGAGCUCGCCAGAGCCCAUAUCCACAGUAUUAAAGAAAAAGGGGAAAGCCAAUGCAACAGCGAACGGAAAGGGACCCCGAAACGAAGGAACGGAGGAUCCUACUUGGGCUUUUAAACCCCCUCCUGGACGGGUACUCGUCAACUCCCUAGGGGACGCCGGAGAAUUCGACUGGGACGCUGUCAAUAACGACGAUGAUGUCGAGAUUUGGGUUAUUCGUGCUCCAAGCGCUGUCAAACCAAAACACCUAUCCUCCCUCCAAAUCGACCCUCCCUCCUCCUCCAAAACUCUCAAAGUCGGCACCCUAAAAAAGAAACACGCAGCUUUCGACAUAUGGUCUAUCGGUAAAGAAAUCACAGACGAGACACCCGUAGGCGGGGAGGAAAUUAAUACUUUAUCCUGUUUGUUACCGAGGAGUAAGAAGGGGAAGGUGUAUCAUGCUCCCAAACCGAUAGCCCGCCGCCUGGUCCUCUCAGCCCAACCAGUAUCACCAACACAAGCAGAACCACAAACCCUCCCAGACCGCGACCCAUCCACCCAAAAAUACAAAAACCCACCCCGCCCUUCCUACCCAAACGAACUCCUUAAACACGCAUUCAAACCUUAUGGUUCAAAUACGACUACUGUCAAUGGUGACACCAGGGAGGAGGAAGAUGGAUCUAUGGACGUGGACGUGAACGCUCAAACUCCUUCCACUAAACCGUCAACAAAAACAGACGCAAAACCAGACCCAGAACCUAAAAAAUCAAAAGACAAGGAAAAGAAAGGCAAGAAACGAAAAGUCGCUUCAGACGAGACAACGGUGGAAGAGGAUGCAGCACCAAAGAAAAAGAGUAAAAAGUCGAAGUCGUCGUCAUAGUCUUCUUGGCCUCCUUCCUCUGUCUUGCACUCGAUGCCCACCAAUAUACGUCCACUACUUCUCGAUGCCCACGAAUACAUCCUCGUUUACCUUGCU